AACAGAGAAAAAACCAGAAUGGGUCAAAAGCAGGUAUUAAGAGUUUCAAAUCUGCUCGUAUGCUUAUAUUAAAAAGCAAUACAUUACAAUUAGGUCAAUGUCAUGAAAAACUUUUAGUUUUAUCAUAA